ACGUACUCGAUGCCGGAUGUUCCUCGUCGUCGCCGUCGUGUUUUGGUCGCUCCCGUCACCCGUGUCUGAAAAAAAACACCGCAACACUUUUUGUUUUAUAGUUUUUCUCCUCUCCUCGGGAUAGAUUCCUUGACGCGUUAAUAUAUCUCCUCGUAUUAAGUCUUUUCGGUUUGUUCAAUUGAGUGAAGUGAAUGAAGUGAUUGAUUAUAAAAAAAUGUUUUAACUAAUUUUUUCGUUGGUUAGACGAUAUCAAGCCAUACACACCUCCCGGAAGUGUCUCAUAGUAGUGUGAAACGGUAAAGGUAGAAAGAAUUACAUAGAAUUCGAAGUUGUUAAAGGAAAUAGUGAAGUGAAAGAGGAAGCUUCUAAAAAUUGUUGUAGCAGCUUUGGGUCAAUCGAAAAAUCAAUCCAGACAAAUCUUACGUCCGGAUGUAGUAAGGCACAACGGUUACUUCCUAAGUGAGAAGUGGGUGUGUUUUCAUCCCAAACCACAAGAUAAGAGAUCAUGUUUCUGGGCGCAGCGACCCCGUUGUCGCCUGGAAUGAAAACAAAGCAGUGUAAAAUAACAACAACAAAGAGCACCUUUGUCGACGACGAAAGUCUGCUGCGGAAGGAAGGCCCGUCGACUAGCUGUAAACGUCGGCUGCCAGCAGUUCAGCAGUAUAGUGGAUGUGAAAGUGCAGUGGUCCACUAUGGUGAAAAUUCUGCGGUAAUGAUCAACGGCGGAAAUCUCUCUGGGUGUCACCAUAUCGGUGACCCUGAAGUUUUGGAAUCAACGGCGACGCGAUGGCGUCCAGAAUCGGCCGUUGGUCGUCGCGAGAGCAGAAAAAAUCUCGAAGAUAGAGGAAGAAGAAGAGCUGGGGAUCUCUCGGGAAGUGGCAGCAAAAGAUUUAUGCUGAGCAGCGGAAUGAAACUCCCCUCGGCUUUGGAGAUUGUGCGUGUGUUAGUGUUUAUCGUAGUAUUUAUUGAUCUAUUUAAUUCGGGUGCAUCGUCAUCUAUCCUGGUCAGCGGCGACAGCAGACGUAGUAGCAGCGAUUCCGUGGAUUUACUAGCUGAGAAUGCAGCUGAGAUUUACGCAAGAGGUAAAAUAUCGUCAUGGAUCGCGAACUUAAAAAGCGCCACAGGCUGCUGCUCAUCAAGAUUGGCCACACGCCGAGUCGCCGGCACGCGUGGGUGGUCGUAAAAUUGAUCGAAAGUGUCAAAAUAGGC